AUGGCCAACGGCGCGGACGAAAGCGCCUGGCUGGCCUUUACAGUCUCUGACGCACCGGGCGGCCCGCGCUCGCCGUUGACGGUCUACGCGCCGGCGGGGCGGGCAGGCGGCGGGAGCCCGCACUCGGCACCGCCUGGGUCGGCGCUGUCGGCGGCGGUGGCCGACCUGCCGUUCCUGGCGUACAACACGGCCGAGCCGCUGCCGCAGACGCCUGCGCCGAGGCCUGCACUAACGUCAGACUCGCCGCCGCCUCCAACGGCGCCUGAAGGGACGCCUGACGGCGGCGGACGGUCGCUGGCGCCGACUCACGCGUCGCGGUCGACGCUGCUCCUCGAGCCGGUGGCGCUUGAUCCGGACGCGCCGGCGUACGUCUCACCGUACCCGACGCGGGCGUCGCCGAUGCAGACUGGUGACAUGCGCGCUAUUCUGCUCUCGGGCGUUCCGCCGCCGCGUAUCCUGGAUCCGGUCGAGCCGCCCGUCUUUGCCGAGUCAAUCGCCGCGUAUGUGGCGCCGGCGCCGCGGGCGGGACUGGCCCGCUCCGGCGCGUUGGCUGAUGCAGAUGCGCCCAUCUCGGUCGGCCACAUUCCUGCCCGCCGCCCGCCGCUUGGCGCGUCGCUCGGCCCUGCCGCCGACGUCGAAUCAGCCCCGUUUCUCCGACCGAACCGCUACCUCGACCCGGCUGCAGACGAUGCCCGCCCACGGUCUGCCUCGAUCUUCCCGGACCGAAACCCGAUGCUGCCGACCUCGUCCAACACCUACACUCGCUCGCCAUGGGCCGCCUCUUCCGCCGAGGUCUUUACCCCGCGACGCCAGGACUCUGCCGUUGGCCACCAGGUCCGCCGCGCCGCGGUCGCCUCGGUCGUCGGCUCGCCGACCCCGUUCCGCGAUCCGGCUCGCCCACGCGAGUGGCGGUGGACCGAGCGCUCCGCGCUAGGCAACGGCGGUGCUGCCCACACCGUCCACACCUCACCUGGCUCUUCGACCGCACUCUCCUACGCCGGUGCCCGAACCGAACCGCAGCCGCAGCCGCCGGCCGCAGCAACGACCCGCCCGGUGCCACUCCGCGACCCGUUCUCUAUCGACGGUGUGCUGCGACUGGUGCACGAGUGUGAGCAACACACUCGUGCCAUUGGGCUGCGUGCCGGCGGGAGCACACGCUCUCCGCCGCCCGCGGCCGAGACCACCACCAGCUCGCCCGGCACGCCGCCGCGCCCGUCACCGCACCCGUCACCAAACCUGUCGCCGCGCGCAGCCGACCCCGCCACCCGCGCUCGCUACGAAGCCUUGCGCCAGCACUCGGUCGAAGCCUACGUAGCCAUGGCUCAUCAGCCACGGGGAGAUGCGCAGGAAGAGCAGGUCGAGCGUGAUGUCGAGCCAGCCGAGUCAGCCGAGUCGGUCAAGCCAGCCGAGUCAGCCGAGCCAGCUGAAGAGGAUGUGCAGGCCGCCGUUGCAGCCAUGGAGACCGAGCAGCUGAUUGCUCUGCUUCAGGCUAGGGCCGAGCCCGCUCAUGUUCUGGCCGCUGCUGGCGCCGAGCUGGCGCAGCGAGUGGCAGCCCCCCGUAAGAUCGACGAGACGGAGGAGACGGAGAAGCGAGCCCCAGCCCCUGUCUCUGCGCCGCCAUCGCCACUCUCGCCCUUGGAGUCAUCGCUGCGCUUGCCAUCCGAACCAUCGCUGUUUGGAGACGAAGAGAACUGGACGCCACUCUCGCUCCGCGGUGCGUUUGACUACUAUCCUCUCCACCGCGAGGAGCGCGAGUAUGCUCACGCCGCAACCACGUUCCGCCUCGACACGCCGGAGCUCUCGAUAAUCAGCGCGGAACCUAUGCAGAUCGCCGACGCCGGCUCAAUUGACUCUGAGAUCAAUCGCCUCGACUCGCUUCUUGACUCGUUCUACCACAUUGCCAACGAGGCCGUCACGCCUGUGCCUCAGCGAGGCGGCGGCGGCAGCGCCGGCAAGAAGAAGGUCAAGGGUGCGCCCAGCACGGGCAAGAGCGGUGGGUCCAAGGCCAAGGGCACUGGCAAGAAGAGCGGCAAGAAGGGCAAGGGUGGGCGCAAGGGCAAGUCGGUCCACAACGACGGGUUCCCCACGCUCAAGCUCGAGUCGGUCUACAUUGAGGGCCGCAAGGUCUCGGCCGGGCUCAACAAGCUCCGCGGCGAGCACCCGCAGCUGCCGAACCACUACUACUGGUCGGUCACGCGCGCGCGGUCGACGCUCUUCUCCGGCUGGUUCUGCCGUGAGGACCUCGUGCUCAAGGUUCGCGACUACAUCCUGCAGGUCCAGGCCGAGGGCCGCGAGGCCUCGUUCGACUUUGACACCGAGGACAAGGUUCGCAUGGGCAUCCUCGCCCGUGACGCUGUCGGCGAGCUCAACGAGGCCAACGCGCCAACCCGCCCGGAUGCGUUUCUCCGCAACUCGGACGGCACGUACUCGCUCAACAUUGUGCCGGUCGUCCCGGCGCCGCGUGCAAACCACAAGAAGAAGAAGGGCUCCGCGAGCUCGGGAACCUCGCCCACCUCGCGUGGGCGCGGGCGUGGCCUACGUGGGCGCGGGCGUGGCGCGGGCGGGCGCGGGCGCGGGCGUGGGCGCGGGCGCGGCUCGCACUCGUCGGCCUCGUCCGUCCCCUUUGUCCCGCCGGUCGGCGCUGGCGGUAUUGGCAUCGGCCUCGGCGUCGCGCCCAUCGUCGACCUCGCGACCAUGCCGGCGCUCACGCUAGCGACACGCGGUACGGCCGACGAUCCAGCGGUGGACAUGGACACUGCGCCCAUCGCGCCCGGAGGCGCUGCAGACUCGGGCGGCCCGCCGAAGGCUGCCGAGCCCGACCCGUCGGAGCCUGCCAUUUUGCGGAAUCCCGAGGUUCGCGAGCUGCUUGACCUCAUCAACGGGCGGGUCGAGACGCUCGGGCUUGAUCCGAGCAACCCAAAGAUCCAGGAGCUUGCCACGCUCGCGCUCGGCUCGUCUGCCGCCCUCUCCGAUUCGGCGCGCCGCAAGCGUAAGCGGCAGCUUCGGCGCGGCUCGUCGCGGCCAUCGAAGCGCUCGACAUCGUCCAAGCGCUCCGAAGCGUCGUCGUCGGACGACGCUUCGUCUGAUUACUCGUCGACCGAAGAGGAUGCCCGCAUCGCCGUCUCCGAGUUCCGCGACCGGCUUGCGGCGCUGCAGGACGUGGCCCGCCGCCAGCGGGCAGCUACGGUCGCUGCGGCAAGCAAGGCCGCCGGUGCGGCUGGGGGCUCGGGGCUUGGCGGAGGGUCUGCGGGUGCCGCACCGCGGCCGCCGUCACCGGCCACUGCGGCGCAGCAGGCCCAGUGGGCCGGUGAGCUGGGUGGCGGGCCGUCGUCGCACCUCCUUCACUUUGCAACGCCGUUCGAGGCGCCUGGCGUUGCGCCGCUCCCGCUCCCACUCCCGCUCUCUCUGGGCGAUGGACGGAGCGCUUUGCCGCGCGGCUCUCGUGCGCUGCGUGCUUUUGCCGCUGCUCUGGACAAGCCGACGCUCGCGGCGGUGCUUGACGCACAAGAGGCAUCGGUGGAGAAGACCAAGUUUAGCAUUGCCGAUACGCUCGUCUCGCCUGUCACGCUCGUCAACACGGUUGUUCUCGAGGACGAGUGCGACGAAGCGCGGACGAGGGCUGACGUCGACGACGACGGCGCAAGCGGCUCGGAGCGGCUCGGGUACUGCUAUCACUGCGAAGAGUCGUCGACGAGCGCCGAGAACGAGGUCCGCAAGUGCGCGUACUGCAUCCGCGAGUUCCACGUCAACUGCGCAGGGUACGUCGAGUCGGAGACCGGGGCGUUCAUUUGCCCAGCCUUCCAUCCCAGCCGGCUCGUUACUGUUCCGCACGCGACCGAGGCCGACGUCGUCCCGUUUGCCUCUCAGCCGUCGCUCAGCUUUGGCACCGCCGCAUCGCCGUCGCGGGUCGAGGCGACGCCGAUCCGCGACCCGGCGACGGCGUACAAGCUCAAGUCAGACGGCUUGCUUGUGCGAGCCGUGGCCGAUCCAGGCCUGCCGCCGUUUCUGGUCGCCGGCGUUGUGGACGCCCACGUGGCGCGGUCAGUUGGCGACUUUUUCCUGCCGGCCUUUGUCGACGCCGUUGUCGCCGCCGUCCGGGUUGAGCAGUCGGCGUGCGCGUCGGCGCAGUUCUCGCUUGCGCCACCGCAGGUCCAGGCCCGGCUCCGCGCCGCGCUCCACACCGCCGCCAGCAACCUAGACAAGGCGUACGCGGCGCGAUUUGCGCAGCGGGUGGCUGCGGCGCGGACGGCCGGCGUGGCGCCUCCGCCGGACGGCGGUUGCGGCCUUGCCGUUGCAGUUGUCUGUGACGGGUGGCUCAUGUCGGUCUCCAUUGGCUCGCCGCGUGUCGUCCACUUUGUGGUCAAGCCCGACGCCUUUGUCAUUGCCUCGCAGUCGGCGGCGACCAACGUGGCCAUUGACACAGCGACGUCGGCGACGACGACGCUCAAGCUUCCGCAGUGGCAGGUGGCGAGCGCGACCGCUGACGACUCGCCAGGCAACGCGCUCCGGUCGCUCCAGGCCUACGCCGCCGGCUGCUCUUUUGUGGCGCUGCCGAGCUACGAGAUCCGUGAGCUCCCGCUCGACCGGACCGAGGUCAAGGCUGCGCUCGCUGCUGAGGCUCACCCGUGGCCAUCGGCCAACGAUUCGCUGCGGGCGAUGAUCCCAUCACUGAGGCGGACGUUUAACAAGCUUGGCAUCCCAUACCGCAUCAUGUCUGUCGGUGCCUCGCUGGGUGACGUGCUGUUCAAGCCUGACGAUGCGCCGCCGCUUGUCGACAACACGCCGCAAGUUCACUUUACCGAGCUCUCGUCGCUUCCGGCCGCCAUCCUGGUCGCCACCGACGGCCUCUUCUACCAGACCGACGUGCUCGACUCGGAGCCGGCGACCGAGGUCAACGCAUGGCUCGCUGAGCAGAUCUCGCUCUCACUCGGCGCUGGCAUCUCGCUCUCGCGGCUGGCUGCCCGACUGGCGUACCGCCCGUGGCUCGACCCAUCCGAGGCCCGCGACGACUGCACUGCCAUUCUCAUUCGCGUCAGCCCGCCAAACAUUAUGGACGCGACCCCGGUCGCUCCGCUCGAUGCCGGCGCCCGUAAGCAUCCCGUCUUCCGCACCCGGACCGGGUCGCUUGUCCCGGGCGUGGAGGUUAUCUAG